UUGAAAGUCCUAAAUCCAUCGUCACAACCACAGCUCCAGCCUUGUUUUGGGUUCUUUGGGGUAAAAGUAGGAGGAGCGUUGAAAAGUGGAGGUGGUUCCUAUUGUCAGAAGUAGAAAACUUGCCAGGAAAGUGGGAGGUUUUCUGAGUGAGGCUUGCUGCAUGCAUGGCGCUUGGACACGCAGUUAUGGAGGAGCUGAAGAACAAGUCGAGGCGCACUGUACUGUUGUUGAUAUGCGUUUGGUGCCUUCAACUGCGGGGAUCUUUCGCUGGAGACUGUCCAGCAGAUGGAAGGAUGUGGGUGCCUUUUGAAGACAGAUGCUACCAUUUUGUACACGGAGAAGAGGAUGCUGUUAAAAGUUAUACACUGGAAAGAGCAAAGACUUUGUGCCAGGGAUUUGAACUUUUGACGAUCCAGAGCGCCGAAGAGAACGAGUUUGUCAUGAAGUACAGUCCAGAGGUGUGGAAAGGCAACGUCAAUGUGUGGCUGGCCAUGUAUUAUGACACAAACAGUGAAGACAUGAGGUGGCUGGGGACUGAGCCUGUGGAGUACACGAACUGGGAGUACAGCUCGUCCCCUUCAGACCUGGUGCCUGUGGACACGUGCGUGGCUCUGCACACUGUGUCCGGGAGGUGGGAGAACGUCAGCUGUCAGGACGACCUGGAGAACGGAGUAGUGUGUGAGACAGCGCAAAAAACCGUAAACUCCACACGCAGACCGAACGCCGUGUUGUCCGCCCUGGUGAUUCUCAGCGUGGUGGCCAUCGUGGGAAUCUCGGCCGUAAUCUGGUUCCUGCAACAGAAGCACAACCUGGGCUCCGGUUUUCUCUCCGCGUUCGAGUACCACCCGCCCUUCCGAGUCCUGGACAAUGACCAGUCCUGCCUGGUGGAGACCGAGGAGACCGACAGCGCGCCAUAGGUUUAUUAGAACAAACCAGUUUCAAUUAAGUCGGUGAUUAAUUAGUACGUUUUAAUAAUUAAGAUUUUCUAUGUCUGAUUCUGGGCAGCGGUUGAAGCAGGUUUGAGUGAAAGGGAUAGUUCAGUAUUUGAUCUGAUCGAUGCAUGUUAAAGGUUCUGUACCCGAUUUAUUUAUUUUUUGUUUCCUCAUGCAUCGAAUUACAAAGCGCUUUAGUGUCCGAUAAUCACGAGGUGCACGUUGGCAUGCUAGUUGUUGUCUCUGCAAAGCACUGGUCUCUAAAUGUCGUGAAAAGCGCUUAUAAACUCGUUGCGGUGAUUAAUUUGGACGCUCAGAUCGCACUGAUAUGUGAGGAUAACUUCGGAUCACUACAAACCGUGUAAAAUGCUUAGUUUUUCACGUUUUUAAAAGUAAAAAUCAGGUACAGCGCUUUUAAUAGUGGCCAGUGUUUAAGUUGUAAAACUAAAACCAAACAGAACGAUGCAAUGAUAUUAUUUAGUCGGGAGUUGAUGUCUGAAUGCCCGCUUUGUUACAGCACAGCCAACACUUUUGGUUUGAUGGAUAUUUUUAUGUAUCCCAAAGGAAAUUCGAGACAGAUUUGCUGACCGUCUCCUCUCAUUGUUUUCUCCUCCCAUCUUUUUUCUCACUUUGAUGAUGGCAGACACAAGCCGACCAUCCUGUCUAAACCUUUCAGCAUUUUUGAAAGAAAUUUUUUAAAGGCUUUGGUUCAAUAUUUAACUUUUUGUUCGGGGGUCCAUCACCUGUUUGUUUCAAUAGAAAUGUCAUUGCUCUGCCUGAAAUGUUCCACAGUAUGACAUUAAACAGCUCUACCUUAUAUUUACUCAAUUACAGGUGGGUUUAUAGCUCAAAAAUACCUUAAAAAAACAGCUAUUCUGACUGUGAGCGGGGUCGCCUCUCCACAGAUCCGACCUGUAACUUGGUCUGGUCUCCAUGAAGAUCUCCACAGUGAAAAGCAUGUGACAGACCCUCUACCAGAAAAGCUACACAAUACACCUUUAACUUAUUUUAAAGCACAACUAAAGGCAGGUUUUCAUGUUUUUACAGCUAUUAUCUAAUCUAAUAAAAAUAAAGGUGCGGUUACAUGUGUUUGUCUAACCAAACCUAUUUGGUAUUAGAACUUUGACCCGUGUCUAAAGUAUGUUUGCUAAUUUGAUAACAGUUGCAGAAUUACUUCCCUGCCACAAUGCCACAAUCUGGUGCCCAGUCAGGAAGUAAAAUUAUAAACACAGGAAUUGGCAAAGUAGGAAAAACAAGGUACGAUUUUUUUCAUAUGCACAUAAAGCAAAGAAAAAAGUGUUUUGAUUAUAAACUUGAAAAUGGAAAAUAAAUGGAAAUGGAAGUACGAAAGUUGACCAAACUCAAAUCCAAAUACUGCAUCAUCCCUCAAAGAUGUGUACGAGACCGCUCAUGUGAUCCAGAGGACUUAGUGUUGAUACUAACUACGGCACAUUUCACCACUUUUAAAAAUCAAAUGUUUUAUUGCUAUGAACUUGAAUGUAGAAUAUGCAUUUUUGGGAGACUAAAGAAGGUCCAGUAGAGUGUAGAUUGUCACUUUAGAAUAGUUAGUUUUAGCUGUGAUUUUGAAAAGAGUUGCACUGGGCAGGGAAAAGGGCUGCUGUAAUGGAGUCACAGAACAAACGAAGCUUUCUCUGAUGUUUUUAAAGCACUAAAUGAACAUAUGCUCAUUACGUUUUAACUUUAUUUCAAUUUCAAACUACCCAUGAAUGAACUAUGAAUGUCCUCUGAAAUUCCACUUAACUAUUUUUUAUAAUUGUUAGUGUUAAGACAAUCAAUAUUUUGCUAUUAACGUGAUUUCAGAAUGUCGCAGGUUGCCUUUUCAUGUUUUGUAAGAUGUUGUUUUACGUGAUGGCCUUAAAGCAGCAGCAUGAUUGCUUCUGUACACAAGGAGUGAACAAGUUUGGCGGUUUCUGAGCCCUAGUGUGUUUUGCAAAAUAAAGCUUGUUUAAAAUGUU